GCUGCUGAGUGAGUUUAAAAUAAAUCUCUCUUUCCAUUGGCCAGUUGUUUUCAAAGCCUUUUUAGGGUUUGAACAUGCCAACAGGGGUCUCUACUGCACUGUGAAGAAGAGCCCAAAUAUAAGACAGACCACACCAAGGGACCAGACCAAUGUCUUUAUCACAGAUAACACCAACCCUAUUUCUCAGCGGGGCUGAUGCUCCAAUGAAUCAAGCACUUGUGAUCCGGAAAGGUAUUACGCUCAUUGUCAAUGUUACCGUGUCCCACCCCUACCCUUUCUACCCGGGUGUGGAGUGCAUACGUGUUGCUGUUUCCGAUCUCCCGAACGCCCGUCUACGUGAUCAUUUUGACCACAUAGCAGCUCGAAUCCACAACAACAGGGCUGGUGGAACCCUAGUGCACUGUGCAGCGGGCAUGAGUCGCUCACCCGCUCUGAUUAUGGCCUACCUCAUGAAGUACAAAGGAGUGACCCUGCGGCAGGCGCAUAACUGGGUUAAAGAGAGUCGACCCUACAUCCGCCUAAAUACGGGGUUCUGGGCCCAGCUUCUAGAAUAUGAGAAGAAACUCUAUGGUAAGAAUACUGUGAAGGUGGCCGAACCACUGGAUUCACUUCCACUGCCCAAAACACCAAAACUACCUUCCAGGUAUAACAUAAAACAAAGUCCUCCAUCUCCAAGGCUUGGCCGGCUAGGCCAGCUUAGAAGACACAGCUUCAGUGCGCUUUUAAAAUGAGGAAGUACUUUUUGUCAAUAAUGAACUGAAAAUGUUUACAUCGUCAUCACUUUGGCACAAGAAAGAGAGAAACUAUGAAAAGAACCAGACAUCAACAGGUCCAACUGUUUUUAUCACCAUUGUUUUGUCACUUUUUAUCCGUUUACUCCUAGUUCUAAUUUAAAACAAAAUGCUAUGCAUGUUUAUUCAAAAGUUGUUUUUUCAUGUGGCCUGGCUGGAAUUCCAGGUUAUAAUAAAAAAAUAAGUAUGUGAAACCUAGUAUGUACACCUAGUAUUUAACCAACAGAGGACACUGUUGGACCAUCAACCUCACAUCAUGUAUAAAACAAAGGACUCAGACAUGUACUGAAAACUGAGUUAAUAAUGGAAACUUUGCAUUUUUUAUUGAUCAAUGUAAGGCUAAAUUUGCUUGAAUUUGUACCGCAUGCUGUUAGAUACAAACUGAACCUUUUCUGUCGCUGGGGUGGCAUCCUCAAUGGUUAAUUUUUCCCACUAUGGGUAUACAACACAUUGAAAUGUUGUAUCUUUUGUGGCACAAUAUUAUACCCUAAGGACCUAUGGUGUGCCUUUUUAAGUCACCCAAAAAUGGAAGAUAUUUUGAUAUAUGAUGGUAACACACAGUAGAUUGUAUUGACUUUCAUAGCAGGAAAAGCACUAUGGAAGUCAAUAGGCGUUACCAUCAUUUAUCAAAAAAUCUUAUUUUUUGUUCAACAGAAUAAAGAAACUCGUACAGGUUUAGAACAACAUGAGGAUGAGCAAAUUAUGACAGAUUUUUCAUUUUUGGAUUAACUACCCCUUUAAAGGGAAAUUCCACUUUUUUAACAUUUGAUUCUUACCGAUUUGGAAUCCAUUCAGCUGAUCUCCAGGUCUGGCACUAGCACUUUUAGCAUAGCUUAGCACAAUCCAUUGAAUUUGAUUAGACCAUUAGCAUCACGCUAAAGAUUAUCAAUAUUUUUCCUAAAUAAAGGGACAAUAAGUAGGAUUUACCCCCAUCUAGUGGUGAAAUUGUAUUUUGCAUUCAAAUGAAUAGUGCUCUCUAGCGCCUCGCCUUUCCAAAUGCGUGUUGCAACUACGGUAGCCGUUAUGUAAUCACUGAUCUCCUUGUCCGUUUCAGCUGGUUCACGUGUUCUGAAUGAAAACGCGUUGUGGAAAUGCGUUGGUAGGCUAGUGCUUUUUGUCCCUCUCUGCUAUUAUAGUUUAUCAAUACGGCGGAAUGACAUGGAAGCCUCCUUGGACUUACCCGUUCAAAGAAAAGUCAGAUCACUGGCAGAGGUCAUUUGACACCAAGGAUGACAUAUUUAUGAAUAAAGACAUUGAUUAAUAAAACACUUAAAAUCCUACCUAUAGUCCCUUUAAAACUUGACUCUUCUGUAGUUACAUCGUGUACUAAGACCAACGGAAAAAUUAAAAGCUGCGAUUUUCUAGGCAGAUAUGGCUAGGAACUAUACUCUCAUUCUGGCGUAAUAAUCAAUGACUUUGCUGCCGUAACAUGGCUGCAGCAGGCGUAGUGAUAUUAUGCACUGUCCAAAAAUAGUCCCCUUAGUAACUUUCAAUAGCAGAGGACUAUUUUCGGGCAGUGCGUAAUAUCACUACGCCUGGUGCAGCCAUGUUAGCGCGAUGCUAAUGGUCUAAUCAGAUUCAAUGGAU